AUGCAACAUUACGAUAUCUGGAGCGACGAUUUGCAAGCUCAAACUGCUGACCAACAGCUGCAGAUGGAACUGGAGCUAAUCGACGAUCAGGAUGUUGCGGAGCGCGCAGAGCACGAACAAUUAUUGCUGCAGCAAUCAUACACUCUUGCCAGCAAUCUCUCUUCCACUGUCAAUUGGAGCGAUUCUGGGACAUAUCCAGAGCUCAAUGGCAACGGCAAUCGCAAUCCCAAAGUUAUUCAUUUAUUUGCCGUGCCGGUGGAUGGGGAGUGCCUAUCGAGUGAUGGUCGACGAUUGGGUAAUUGCUUAAAUGCGUACGAAUGCCGGCAGAAGGGUGGACAGGCCAAGGGCGAAUGUGCGAUGAGCUUUGGCGUCUGCUGCGUGUUUGUGGCCAGUUGCAAUGGAACUAUCAACAACAACCUGACGUAUAUUGUCUCGCCAGAGUUUCCCAGCUUCAUGCCAAGCAACUUCACUGGCUGCCAGCUGAAGGUAAAAAUUAUGAGUCCAGAGAUUAGUCAGCUACGCCUUGAUCUCAAUCAUUUCUCGCUGGGCCAGCCCAAUCGACGCACGGGGGUCUGCGAUGGAGAUGUCUUCAAUAUCAGCGGCGGCCCCAGUGGACCCCUAACGCUUUGUGGCCAAAAUAAUGGACAACACUUGUACUACGAUGUGGGAGCCCGAUCCUUGCCGCGUCAAUCAACGUUGUAUGGAACUCUUCGACAGCCAGCUAAUGUCAACAUUAGCGAAGUGAAUGCCAGCGACAUCGAACAGCUCAUUGAGAUCAAUAUAAACGUGAGCUCACGUUUUCUGCCCAUUCGAUUGUGGGAGAUUCGGGUAACGCAAAUACCCUUCAGUCAGCGUGCUCCGGCUGGAUGCUUACAAUAUCAUACUGGCGCAGAAGGCAUUAUGCAGACCUUCAAUUUUGCCGACAAUGGAAGGCAUUUGGCCAAUCAGCAUUAUCGGAUCUGUGUGCGCCAAGAGUCCGACAUGUGCUCGAUAAUAUAUCAGCCCUGCGAUGAGCAAUCCUUUCGCAUUGGUGGCGGCGGUAGCGGUGGAUCGUUUAUGUCCAUAAUGAACAUGGCGGCCAGCAUGACUAGCACCCCAUCAGCCUCUGCACAGACGGAGACGGCAUCCAUGACAACGACGACAGCAACGACAGCUACCAGCGCCACAACACCAAGCAGCGCGGCUACGACUACCAUGAAGCCGAAUGUGGCGCAAGUUCUGAGCAAUUUGGUCAAUUGUUCCACAACUGCAGCGCCAAUGUCAAGCAACGGUAGCAGCACAACGGCAGCUACGGGUGCUGCUGCCGGUGGUAAUAGCAGCACGGCAGCAAUGACAACAUCAAUGCCUUUACGUUCAAGCAUUAUGCCAGCUAUGGACGAGAGCACGGCUGCGAGUGAAACGACGUCAUCGUCAGCCUCACCCUCACCCUCACCGGCUAACGACGAUGCCGAGGGCUCGGGUGACGAUGACAAUUUCUUCUUUUUCUCCAAAGGGGACGAUGGCAACAAUGUCGGGACUACAUCACAGCCCGGCGUCUCAAGGCGUCCAAGGCCAGUGGGUGGCGCCAGUCCCUCGGGUGGCUUUGAUCUGCUGGGCUUCUUGCGUAGUGCUCUUGACUUGCGCCUGAGGCAUCUACAGCAACGCCGCCAUCGUCAGUCGCGUCAAUUCUUUAGCACUUGCACGGAUCGCAUAACAAUGCCCUGCAUUAUUGAGGAUUUCAUUGGCACAGGCUUCGGUCCAUUACCGGGCUGUGAGCCGGUUCACUGCGGCGCGCAGUUUUGCUCCUCAGGCAUUUGGCCCUGUCGCAUAGAGAGCACAGUCACUCCAUUCUACAUAGGAGUCCACUUUGGCGACGGAGGCGCCGCUGGCAAGGGAAGUGCAGAGGAUAACAUCGGCGCCUGCCUGCGAUACAACCAGGUGCAGUGCAUCUAACCUGCGAUUCCUCUCAUGUUUCAAUUUAGAAAAUG